AUGCUUCUGUGGCUGCUGCUGCUGCUGCUGCUGCUGAUCCUAGCUCCUGGAAGAGAUCAGUCAGGGGUGGCUCCAAAGGCUGUACUUGUACUCAAUCCUCCAUGGUCCACAGCCUUCAAAGGAAGCAAAGUGUCUCUCACAUGCAGGGAAUUCCAUUCCCCAGACCAGGGAUAUACAUAUUGGUAUCAUAAUGGGAAUUUGUUGGAAGAAAAACAGAAAAUGAUCACAAUAAAAAAUUCUGGAGAUUACCAAUGCAAGACCCAAAGAUCCUCCCUCAGUGAUGCUGUGCAUGUGGAAUUUUCAUCUGAAUGGCUGAUCCUGAAGGCUUCAUAUCCUGUCUUUGAAGGAGAGAGUGUAGUUCUGAAAUGCCAAGGGAAAGAAGAAAAGAGCAUCACUAAAAAGGUUUAUUUCAAGAAUAAGAAACAGCUUCCUAAACAUAACUUAGACUCCAUCACACUGAAUUCAGUCUCCAGGGAUAAUAGCAAAUAUCAUUGCACUGCUUCUGGGGGAAAUUUCUUCAAAUCGUGGAUGGUAACUUCAAAACCUCUAAGCAUCCAAGUUCAAGAGCUAUUUCUGCAGCCCGUGCUGAGAGCCAGCUCCUUCCAGCCCAUGGAGGGGAGUCCCAUGACCCUGACCUGUGAAACCUGGCUCUCUCCAGAGAGGCCAAGCAUUCAGCUCCAGUUCCGCUUCUUCAGAGAGAGCCAGACCUUGGAAUCAGGCGGGAGCAGCUCCCCAGAGCUGACAAUCCCUGCCAUGGGGAGUGAAGACUCAGGGUCUUACUGGUGUGAGGCAGAGGCAGAGACUCACAGCGUCAUGAAAAGAAGCUUGAGAUUCCAGAUAAAUGUGCAGAGAGUUCCUGUGUCUGAUGUGAAACUAGAGAUCCAGUCCCCUGGAGGACAGUUGAUUGAAGGAGAAAAUCUGGUUCUUAUCUGCUCAGCAGCCAAAGGUACAGGAAUGAUCACAUUCUCCUGGCACAGAGAGGGAACACAAAGAAGCCUGGGUAGAAAGACCCAGCACUCUCUGUUGGCAGAGCUGCAAGUCUUCCCUGUAAAGGAGAGCGACUCAGGGAGAUACUACUGUGCAGCUGACAACAUUCAUGGUCCCAUCCUCAGCAAGCGGAUUAGAGUCACUGUGAGAAUUCCAGUGUCUCGCCCUAUCCUCACGCUCAGGGCUCCCAGGGCCCAGGCUGUGGUGGGGGAUGUGGUAGAGCUUCACUGUGAGGCCUUGAGAGGCUCCCCUCCAAUACUGUACUGGUUUUAUCAUGAGGAUGUCACCUUGGAAAACAGCACAGCCGCCUCUGGAGGAGGAGCAUCCUUCAACUUCUCUCUGACAACGGAACAUUCUGGAAACUACUUCUGCGAGGCUGACAAUGGCCUGGGGACCCAGCAAAGUCACAGAGUGAGUCUCAACAUCACAGUUCCAGUGUCUCGCCCCAUCCUCACCCUCAGGGUUCCUGGGGACCAGACUGUGGCAGGGGAUAUGGUGGAGUUUUACUGUGAGUCCCCAAAAGGCUCUCCACCAAUCCUGUACCGGUUUUAUCAUGAGGAUGUCAACUUGGGGAACAGCUCAUCCCUCACUGGAGGAGGAGUGUCCUUCAACCUCUCUCUGACCACAGAACAUUCUGGAAACUACUCCUGUGAGGCCAACAAUGGCCUGAGGGCCCAGCGCAGUGAGCUGGUGACACUCAAUGUUACAGAGACUUCUGGGAACAGAGUAGGCCUUAUCACUGCUGGAGUCAUCGGGGGACUGCUCUGCAUCCUUGGUCUUGUUGCUGCCGCUGCUGUGCUGGGUCACGUUCGGACCCAAAGGAAACUAGGAGGACUUUCUGCCGCUGGAACAUUUAGUAAGUAUCCGAAUCUUUCUUUGUCCAGACCUUCCAGUAUAGACCCUCAGGACUCCACCCACUCUGAGCCAGUAGCCCAAAUGGAGCUGCAGCCAGUGUACAGCAAUGUAAAUCCUGGAGAUAGCAACUCGGUUUAUUCCCAGAUCUGGAUCACGCAGCCUACGAAAGAAAAUUUGGCAAAUUCACCAAGGAUGCAUCGGGAGGAUAAGGAACUCUCAGUCUUGUAUUCAGAGCUGAAGAAGGCACACCGAGAUGACUCUGUCGGGCAGGCCAGCAGCAGAAACAGGGCCCACGAAGAUGCCGCAGAAAACUAUGAGAAUAUCCCAUGUGCAUCCUUGACCUCAGUCCACUAG